CGGAGCUGGGACCCCAUCACCAUGCGGGAGCGGAGGAGCCCCCGGCCGGCCGUGGCCCGGUGCAAGCUGGUGCUGGUGGGGGACGUGCAGUGCGGGAAAACGGCCAUGCUGCAGGUGCUGGCGAAGGACUGCUACCCCGAGACCUACGUGCCCACGGUGUUUGAGAACUACACAGCCUCCCUGGAGAUGGAGGAGCAGUGUGUGGAGCUGAGCCUCUGGGACACUUCUGGGUCCCCAUACUACGACAAUGUGCGCCCCCUCUGCUACAGCGACUCGGACGCCGUCCUGCUCUGCUUUGAUGUGGGCCGUCCUGAGACCAUGGACAGUGCCCUGAAGAAGUGGAAGACUGAAAUCCUGGACUACUGCCCCAGCACCCGCGUGCUGCUGAUCGGCUGCAAGACAGAUCUGCGCACUGACCUGAGCACCCUCAUAGAGCUGUCCCACCAAAAGCAGGCGCCUAUCUCCUACGAGCAGGGCUGUGCUGUGGCCAAGCAGCUGGGAGCAGAGAACUACCUGGAGUGCUCAGCCUUCACAUCAGAGAAGAGCGUGCACAGUGUCUUCCGGACAGCAUCCACCAUCUGCCUGAGCAAGGCCAGCCCCCUGCCCCCCAAGAGCCCUGGGCGCAGCCUCUCGAAGAGACUCCUGCACCUGCCCAGCCGAUCUGAACUCAUCUCUUCCACCUUCAAGAAGGAGAAAGCUAAAAGCUGCUCCAUCAUGUGAAGGGGCCAGGGCAGGGGCCGCUGGACCAAACCCUGACUCUGGCCUACGGAUGGUCUCGAGCUGAUGCUCUGGGGGGGGGUAGGGGACAG